AAAAGAAAGGGGAAAUAUUUUUUGAGCCGAACAGGGAAGAGAAAUGGGAGAAGUUGAUCCUGCUUUCAUCCAAGACUUAGAACACAGGCCUAAGCUCUCACCCAUUGAAUCUGAGGGAAUGCCCUUGAUCGAUCUCUCACCACUGACAAAUGCACCAGAUGCUAUUGAGGGCCUGGUUUCUGAGAUACGGGAUUCAUGCAAGAAACAGGGGUUCUUCCAGGUGAUCAGCCGUGGGGUGCCCUUGGAGCAGCGUCAGAAGACUGAGGACACGUCAAGAAGGUUUUUCACUUAGCCAUCAGAGGAGAAAAGGAAGGUCAGAAGAGAUGAGGUGAGAUGAUGCAGGAGCAUUAGAACUCUUUUUAAUGAUUAGUUUUAGGGCUGUUUGUUUUGAAUUAAGUUUGAGUUUUUAU